AUGGCAGAAAAUUACAUUCUGCAGGUUACGGCGGGCUCUGGAUAUGAUGUCAGCAAACAUCAAAUUGUACCCGUCAAUCAAGCAAAAUGCGUGCGGAUUGAGAAUGAGCUGUGUGAGGUGGAUUUGAAUGUUAGGAUUCAAGAUUAUCGCGGACUCCCCAAAUCGUCUCCCACUACCUCUCCAUAUUUCGAUCUGCCACCGCAUGAUAAGAAUAAAGAUCAAUAUAGUAUUGGAUUUCGAUUCAAACCGAAAAAGGAUAUUAAUGCGGAUGAUUUGGUCUUCGGAAAUGACUUUGAUCAUCCUAUUAGAGAUCGUCUGCCCCCCGGGUUCAAUACGGCCUUUAGAAUUGUGAAGUGGAUGGUGGAUCCUGGGUUAGAUGGAGAUGUGUAUGCGGAUGAGCCAUAUUUGUACGGACCGGCGGCGAGUUCGUUUAAUGUGCUAUAUGUUGGUGAAGGGGGAGAAAGGGAUGGAGAAGAGGUUGAGGAUGCUGGAUUGAUGUUUGAUGAGGGAGGGGAUGAGGAGGGUGAGGAACAUAGGAGGGAAUGUGGAAUCCCUGAUGGGGAAGCGGCGAGGAAGAAAUACUUCCUGACAGAGGCAAAUAGAAAAGACUGGGAUUGGGAGGAGGGAAGAACUUAUGGGUGUGACUUUUUUAAUGCAUAUUUGGAUUUUAAUAAUUUCGCUCUUAAACUACCCGGCUUUACAAUGCCAAUAAUGAAAUAUUGGGAUGGACAAGGUCUACGAUACGUGCUAAAAAAUCGAAAGACUGGAGAAGUCUUAUUCGUGGUUCUUUUUACGCUUUAUCUGAAAGAAGAUGUGGAUGAGAAUGGAAAGCUGAAGGAGGGUGUUGAAGGAGGGAAACCUUUCGAUAAACUGCCUAAAGAAGUUGCCGAGAAGCCUACGGAGAAGAAGAGUGGGGAAGAAGGGGGGAUUAAGAAGGAAGAGAAGGUAGAAAAAGCUACAAAUGAUGAUGGUGAUGAUGGUGAUGAUGGUGAUGAUAUUGAUUGA